CCGAAUCCCCCACUCACUGACCCCACGAGCCCUCAGUUCCUCCUCCUCCCCAACCCAUAACCGCCACUUGCCACCCUCUCAACAAAGCCGAAUUCAGCCCACAAUUACCCAAAAUCGGCUCUCCUCCUUAAGCACUAAACUGGGGCAUCUAAAUGACAUGGCUUCUUCACCACUGUUCAACUCAUUCCUCUCCAAACCCACAACCGCUGCCCCGUCACCUCCAAGUACGUCCCUCAGCUUCUCUGCCAACUACGUCCCCUUCACUGCCAUCACCUCCAGCUCUGACUCUUCCCCUACCGCAGAAUCCUACUCCCUCGAUGAAAUCGUCUACCGCAGCCGCACCGGCGGCCUUCUUGAUGUGCAGCAUGACAUGGCCGCCCUGAAACAAUUCGACGGUCAAUACUGGAGGUCUUUGUUUGACUCCCGCGUUGGCAAAACGACGUGGCCUUACGGUUCGGGUGUCUGGUCCAAGAAAGAGUGGGUUUUGCCUGAAAUUUCAGACGAUGAUAUUGUCAGUGCAUUCGAGGGAAAUACCAAUCUUUUCUGGGCUGAGCGGUUUGGAAAAGUACAUCUAGAUAUGAAUGAUUUGUGGGUGAAGCAUUGCGGGAUUAGCCACACGGGCAGCUUUAAGGAUCUGGGCAUGACAGUUUUGGUUAGUCAAGUGAACAGGUUACGAAAAAUGAAACGUCCUUUGGUUGGGGUGGGCUGUGCUUCCACCGGCGACACCUCGGCGGCUUUAUCGGCUUAUUGCGCGGCUGCGAAUAUUCCGUCCAUUGUUUUUCUGCCCGCUAAUAAGAUUUCCAUGGCGCAGUUGGUUCAGCCCAUAGCAAAUGGUGCAUUUGUGCUCAGUAUUGAUACUGAUUUCGAUGGAUGCAUGAAACUGAUACGUCAAGUCACCUCAGAGUUACCUAUAUACUUGGCGAAUUCAUUGAAUAGUUUGAGGCUGGAAGGACAAAAAACGGCUGCCAUUGAAAUUCUGCAGCAGUUUGACUGGAAAGUGCCUGAUUGGGUUAUAGUUCCCGGCGGGAAUUUAGGGAAUAUCUAUGCAUUCUAUAAAGGGUUCAACAUGUGCCAAGAAUUGGGGUUGGUUGAUCGCAUUCCUAGGCUUGUCUGUGCACAAGCUGCAAAUGCAAAUCCUUUGUAUUUGUAUUAUAAAUCAGGGUGGCAGGAGUUUCAGCCAGUGAGGGCUAGCACCACUUUUGCUUCUGCUAUUCAAAUUGGCGACCCUGUUUCGAUUGACAGAGCUGUUUUUGCUUUGAAGAAUUCAAAUGGGAUUGUGGAGGAGGCUACCGAGGAGGAAUUGAUGGAUGCUAUGGCUUUGGCUGAUUCUACUGGGAUGUUUAUUUGUCCGCACACUGGAGUUGCAUUAACAGCUUUGACUAAGCUGAGGAAGAGUGGAAUUAUUGGUCCGACUGAUAGAACUGUUGUGGUGAGUACUGCUCACGGUUUGAAAUUUACUCAGUCCAAGAUUGAUUAUCAUUCUAGACAGAUCAAAGACAUGUCUUGCCGUUUAGCGAAUCCUCCUGUGCAAGUGAAAUCUGAUUUUGGGGCUGUCAUGGAUGUUUUGAAGAACUACUUAGAUGGUAGAGCUUCUUAGUAGGAGUAGGAUAUGCGUGUCAUAUGUUUUUCCUUCUAGUUCUGAACUAGUGAGGUACAGUUUCUCUUAUUAAUGGACUUUUAAUAUGUGAGAUAUUAAAUAUGUGAAGUUUAGUACGGUAAAUUGUGGCGUUGAUGGUGAAUAAUGGCGGGGUGGAUAGUUUAAUUUGUUCUUAAUCCAGUCUACGGACAG